CGGUGGACCAAUAUUCCAAGGAAGGAUUCCCCAUCGCCCUUUAACGGAACUUGGCGUAUGGGGAGCACGUGAUCGGCUGAGCGGUCACCGGUUUGCUUGUUGAAGGAGCCCUUCCCUCCCUCCCUCUUUCCCAAGAUCGGUUUAACAGCCAAUGGAUCCUUUCUGCCAACUCCUUCCCAGCUUUUCUUUUCCAGGAAAAACGCCUGCGGACGAACCCUAAGCCUCGGAAUCCCAUUUUUGCUCUUCCCUCCGCGAUUGAUCCCAGCCAGGUUUUUGAUGGCAAGAAUGGAGAAGAGGCCUUCAAAAAGGGUGGAACCAACUACUGCUUUGAUGGCUCGUGAUGAUCAUUCAGCAGAUGAGGGGCAUGACUCCCAGCUAUUUAGCUCCAUUCCUGCUCUUAGUGAAGCUGCUUCUUAUCUUGCACAAACAACCUCAUAUUUUACUCGUUGCUUCUCGGUCCCUGUUGAUGGAGCUAUUCCAGAUGAAGGUCAAGAACUAAUAACAUUUCCAUCGGGACAAACCAGUGAGUCAUCCUUCAAUAGUUGGUCUACAAGAUAUGAACACUCCAGUGAUGUCGGCACUGCUUCACCUAUUCACAGUGGAAGAGGGACAAGUUCUGAUGCAAGUUCAUCUCAAGAUAGAACUACACCUACAUUUCCAAGUAUUUUUCAGAAUGGAUCUUCGAUGCUCCAAGACCUUGUGUCUCGGGCUCGAAAAACUAUCCGUGGUUCAGCAGAUGACAUUGGUUGGCUACAGCGUGCCAGAGGCAUGCCCCCAGUUGAAGAUGGAACAAAGAGGUUCAUGGAAUUAUUUGAGAACAUUAGAAAUAAUGAGCAUAAGUUGCCAAAUUCGAUGGUGUACUUGUUGAUUCCAGGUCUUUUUAGCAAUCAUGGUCCACUGUAUUUUGUUAAUACAAAAACAUACUUUUCAAAGAUGGGCUUGGCUUGUCAUAUCGCCAAGAUUCACAGUGAGGCUUCAGUUGAUAAAAAUGCCAGAGAAAUAAAAGAAUAUAUCGAAGAGAUCUAUUGGGGUUCCAAGAAGCGUGUAUUGAUUCUUGGGCAUAGCAAAGGGGGAGUAGAUGCAGCAGCUGCAUUAUCUUUGUAUUGGUCUGAUCUGAAAGAUAAGGUCGGUGGGUUAGCAUUGGCACAGAGUCCCUAUGGAGGCAGCCCAGUUGCUUCUGAUAUUUUGCGGGAAGGACAGCUUGGAGAUUAUGUAAGAUUACGGCAGCUUAUGGAGAUCCUGAUAUGCAAAGUCCUUAAGGGUGAUAUGCAGGCCCUGGAAGAUUUGACGUACGAUAAAAGGAGGGAAUUUCUGGGGAGACACCAGUUGCCACAAGAACUUCCUGUGGUUUCCUUCCAUACAGAAGCUGCCAUCACUGCUAGUGUCCUCGCCACCUUGUCUCAUGUUGCACAUGCAGAGCUUCCCAUCAUUGCACCCCUUGCAGAUGGCCAACCAGCCAAGCUUCCAGUGGUUAUGCCAAUUCCUGCUGCAAUGGCGGCAUGUGCACAGCUACUUCAAGUCAGAUAUGGUGAGAAGAGCGAUGGUCUUGUCGCACGGAAGGAUGCUGAGGUUCCUGGUUCAGUUGUUGUUCGGCCAGAACAGAAGUUGGAUCAUGGUUGGAUGGUGUAUGCUUCCUUAAACAAUGACCCUGGCAAAGCAAAUGCUUCGCAAGUGUGUGAGGCUCUUCUCACAUUACUUGUGGAGGUUGGACAGAAGAGAAGGCAUCAGAUCACCAUGAAAGAUGAAUGAGAUAAAUAUUGGCUUGCUCCUGCAUUUAUGAUGAGUGAGCUGUAAUUUUCUUUCCUAGACAUGCUGUAGAGAUACUGCUGCGUAGUCGUUGAUAGCACUAAAAAUAACUCUACUCACUACGUAGGUAGAAUGAGUCGAGAUCGUAUCCUCAGGGAUCUUGGGCUAAGUUGAGAUUACAAAAUAAAAGAAAGGAACGUUAUUUUGAUUUAGAA